AUGAAGUCGUUCAUUGCAAUAAUUGUACUUUUGGCUACUCUAGCCGUUCCGUAUUCAGAACAAUCUGAAGCUGAACGAUGCUCUUUAACCAACUGUUUAAUUACAGAUGGUUGCAAAUGUAGUUCUUGGGAUUCACCGAUUGAUCAAAGUCAAACACCGCAGUUUGUAACAUUGGCCUUUAACGAAGCAAUAAAUGAACGAAAUUACCACUUUUAUUAUAAAUAUUUACUAGAUUUCAAAAAUGCCGAUGGUUCUAAAGUUGGAGCAACAUUUUACAUACCUCAUGAAUACACCGAUUAUGACCUUGUAAAUCGUUUGUAUAACAGUGGUGCUGAAAUAGCUGUACAUUCCAUUAGUAGAAACCCUUUGACAAGUUAUUGGCAAGAAGCUAACGAAGAUACACUUGUUGAAGAAUUUAAUGGCCAAAGAAUUUUGAUUUCUAAAUUUGCAAAUAUUCCAUUUGAAAAGAUCGUGGGUGCAAGAACGCCAAAUUUGGCUAUUAAUGGAGAUACAACAUUUAGUGCUUAUAAAAAAUCUGGAAUUCUAUAUGAUAAUUCAUGGCCUACUGUACAUUAUAACCGUUUUUUCCCAUACACCUUAGACUAUAAAUCUCUACAAAUGUGUCCAAUUGGUGUUUGUCCUACUGGUUCUUUUCCGGGGAUGUGGGUACUUCCCAUGAUUGACCAUGUUAGUAAAACGGGAGCUGUCUGCAAUGCUUUAUCUACUUGCAUAACAGAUGCUGAAAGUCCUGAAGACGUGAAGAAUUGGCUUAUGGAACAAUUUCAAAGACAUUACACUUACCAAAGGGCUCCAAUAACAUUGAACAUUGAUGCGAAUUUCUUUGAAGUAGGCGAGCAUAACUAUAAAGGUUUCAAACUGUUUCUAACCGAAUUAGAAAAAUAUGAAGACGUUUACAUGGUUUCCCAUAAAGAAGUCCAAGAUUGGAAUGCAAACCCAGUUCCUUUUAACAGAUACUCUAGACCUCCUCCUAAUGAUAGCGCAUCUUGUUCACCAAUUAUGUGUGAGUUGCAGAAAGGUGACGAGAUAAGGUAUAUGAGGAGUUGUACUGUCUGUCCUGCUGUGUAUCCAUGGGUUGGAAAUCCUUUAGGAGAAAUAAUCACCGAGGCAUCUAAUAAUUGUUAGAAGAUUUUAUUGCAUUUUUAUUUUAUUUCAUAAUAAAAUAUAAUUA